CUCGUCACAAAGGGUGCAAUAUUCGGCACUAAAACAUGCUCGGUUUGCGCCGGCGGUCAGGACCUUCGCGUGGUAGAAUGUUUGUUUUAGUCAAAAACGGGUGACAAAACACUAAGCUAUUUUAUACCUAACAUGUGUUUACAUAUAAACCUCUUUUUAGUUUUGAGGAAUGACAAGUUAUUAAACAACUUAACAGCAGAGGCAUGCCAUGAUAGUAUUUUUUUUUUAAUUUUAAGACGGUGCAUGUCGUAAUCUGGUACAAAGUCGAAAAACAUACACUCUUUAGCCCAAGUAAACACUUAUAAAAGUCGCUUAAAUUAUUUUGGAUAGAAUGUAGAUUGGAUAGAUUUUGAUCGAAUCUUUCACGAGGCAAAUUUCGCCCUGGCGAUAUCGACGUUAACACGCAGGCCGCAAUAAACUGGUCGCUCGCAAAGACGAAGAUUAUGCUGAUGUAUGCUACAAGCUGGGACUUCACAGGUUUAUUAAGAACAACAAAUCUCGGAUCAAUAUCAAAAGCUAGGUCGAGGAUUAAUCUCUACUUAUUUCAAUUAAGGAGGGCUUCAUUGAAGACAAGAAGUGCUGUCAUUUAAUGCCUAGGGUCGAUUAUUGUUUCAUUUAUUUUAUCGUACUUCUUUGUAAAGCAUGUGUUCUACUGGAUAUGAAAUGAAAAGCAAAGUUGUUGCCAAACUUCAUUUUGCAAGAAUGCAUCUGCUUGGAUUAAGGUCCUCUUCAAAACAAAACAAUAUUAAGCAAUGCAACAAAUUGUACAGUCAGUUUUGACAAAAUCAGUGAUCCUGGUAUAAUUGUACUGUCGGAACCGAACCAAUUAAUUUACAAAGGAAGCAAAAAGGUUAAAAGACUCAUUAUAUCAAGCUUUAGUGUUUGCUUUGUUCAGGUAAUCACAUCAUUUCGAGAGCAAUUUGGAAUAAAUAUGCACGAGAAAUGGUUGAUGUGCUGCACGAGAAAAAACGUGAUUACUUAGCAGUACUAUUCAGAAAAAAAUUGUGAUGGCUUUCCACGACUAUGCAGAAGCAACGCGCGCAAAUCACGUGCAAAAACUAUGUCUUUAAAUCUUGCUAAUGUCACUGUGCGUUUGUUCAAAACAACCGUGUUACUGAAAACAACAAUUUCUAUGCUGUUUGUUUUUCUUUGGGUUUUUUUUUAGUUUAUCGUGGCGAAACAAUGUGUUACCUAUUCUGCGCUGAAUUAACACUUUUUUGUACUGUAUUACCUGCAAACUGCAUUGCAUUAAGCAAAUCAGAAUAAAGAAAAUUUUCAGGUUUGUUAUUGAUAUUGUAACUACCAACAUAAUUAUAUAGCAGCUGUGAAUUUAAUAAAACCACAGUCGAAAGUCUUCGUAACGUUCGUCCUCUACUUACCCGACUUAUAACCCAAAAUGGAGGAGGAAAAUUUAGCACGAUUACAUAGGGAUUUGAAAAACAGAAGCCAGGGGGUUUUAGUCUUCGAAUCUUGUUUUAUGCUACUGAUUAUAUUGGCAGCGUUCCUCGGUAACUUUGUGUUGAUUUUGGCGAUAUUAAGAAAUCCAUGUCUUCGAACUGUGACAAACAUGUUUUUGGUUUGUUUGUCAGUAGUUGAUAUACUCACAGCAUCAUUGGUCAUGCCAUUCACUGCUUCCAUCUUUAUACACAGUGACUGGGUAUUCAGUGACGCGGUUUGUACAUUCCAAGGAAUUUUUGCAAUUUGCCUCGUUUGGAUCUCACUCCAUAUGGUGACUUUGAUGGCUGUUAAUCGGUAUUUCUGUGUCCUUAGACCGAGACUUUAUCGGAAAUGGUUCACCAAAAGAUUCUCCAUUGCAAUGAUUUGUGCAGUUACCAUUACACCCUUUGUUCUGACCAUUUCACCACUUUUCAGUGGGUUAUUUACUUACAUCUUUCGCCCGGGAAAAGCUUCUUGUUUCAUGACUUUCAAUCCGGAUAAAAAACUUGAAAAGAUGACAUAUAUUCUUUCGUUACUAUGCGUUUACACAAUUCUGCCCAUGAUUCUUAUCACUGUAUGCUAUUACAAAGUUUUCCGCAUGAUAAAAGAACAUGCCAUGGCUACAAGAAACACCAUUCGGCAGUCUGGGAGUUUGAGCUCAGAGGAGCUUCGAAUGACCAAAAUGCUUCUUGUUCUCGUCGUUACGUUUGUGAUCUGCUGGCUUCCAGUUACAACAGUGGAUUCCAUAAAUGCAGUGCUAGGUACAGGUAGCCUUCCUCGAGGAGCCUAUGUAACCUACACGUCAUUUGUAUAUCUCAGUAGCUGUAUCAACCCGAUAGUUUGCUUAACACUCAAUGGCAAGAUUCGCCGACAGGCAAAGAAAAUUCUCUUAAUCAAAAGAACUUGGCAGGUGGCAGAUACAGAGCUGUCAAUGGAUACCACGGUUGGAUCGACUGUAGCUCGUGUUCGACAAGGCGCUGGGUUAAACAAAACACCACGUGAUUUUUCUACCUAAGUCUGAAGAAAGAUCAGUAAAAAGCUCCUGAAGACCAUCGUUACGUCUUCAUCUUCUUCCUUUUUUUUAGACUUUUUUUCGACGCUCGAAAGGAAAGACUGCACAAACGAUACAUACGGAAAAUAAACUCGAUCAGGCACAAAGUAGCUCAUAGAAAAUAUAUCUCUCGUCGUUUGAGAAAUGCGUUGAAUUCAUUUUUUUAGGCUGAAAAUUAUUACUAGUAGAAAGAGUGUCGCUGAGCGAGACUUGAUUUUGUAACAAAAAGGAA